CGUGACUUGCGAAGUCACGUGAGCAAUUAUGUCACGUGAUUUCCGCUGUUAGCAGUUCCUCCACCAAGAAAAGCAAAACUAGUCGCUAAGACCGGGGAAACCUCCGACUGCUGUUGUGAUGUGAUCCUUGGGGUGAUAUGGACAGUCAUGGAGAAGACGGCUGUGUAUCCCCGGAUGAGGCGGCACUCGGGGGUGCUGGGGACGUAUCGGGGGUCGUCGAGCACGCAGAUACCAUGCAGACCCCGGCUCUAAGCUGCCGGGUCCAGGCUCUGGAGGAAGAGCUGAAGAGCUGCCGGGAGGAGCUGCGCCGCAUCGAGAGACAGCUGAGCCUGAGCCAGAGGCUGCACCGCACCGCCGAGUCCACCAAUCAGGAGCUGCGCACACAGGUAGAAAAAUUAAGUAGAGAAAUCCAUGAAUUUAAUAAGCCCGAGAAGGUUGACCAGGAAGUACAGACAGAUGAAUAUUCAGCAUGGUCGGAUUACUACUAUCACCAGUCUUUCUAUGAGAAUCACACUCAAAUAGAUGCAUAUGAAGGGAAAGCAAGUAACGGCAGCGAGUCUACGAUAGAUAAAUCCGAGACUGGGACAAACCUUCCAGAGCAUCAAGAAGUAAAGGAAAGCCAGUAUGAGAAAGAGGAGCAAGAAGCUGAUUACACCCAGGAAGAAGGAGGAACUUCUCUUGCUGAAAGCUUGAGAGCAACAGCUGAAGCAGCCUUGUCUCAGACUGGAUUUACUUAUGAUGAGAACACUGGGAUGUAUUAUGACCACAGUACUGGCUUUUACUAUGAUUCGGAAUCCCAGCUAUACUACGAUCCGUCAACUGGGAUUUAUUACUACUGUGAUGGGGAGAGCGGUCGCUACCUGUUUCAUUCAAGGGUGGAUCUCCAGUCCUAUGUGGACCCAAACACUCAGCCAAGCUCAGAAAAAAAGACAAAGAAGAAGAAACGUGAGCCCAGCAGUCAGCAAGAGGACGACAAAGCAUCAGUGGAGAUGAGAACGUCCUGUAGCACAGCCCACGAUACAAUAAGUGCAUAUGACAGGGAAGAGCCUUCCAGCAGAAAUAAGAAGCCUAAGUUGAGCAUUGACUGUGUAGACUCCAGAGACAGCUCUUCGUCUUCAGGUGACAGUGAACCCGAGGAGGGGGAGCUCACUGAUUCUGAGAAGACGUCCAGCGAUGAAGAAGAGUCCAGUGCGAGCAGUGUCUCGGCCCAUAACUCUGAUAUAGAAGAAACAGAACGCAUCUGGCCUCCAUGUAUUCGGGUGAUCGUAGUAAGGUCACCAGUGCUACAGAAAGGAUCUCUGUUUAUUAUAACAGCUGAGAAGAGCGCCACCAUUGGGCGGGAAAAGAACAUGGGUCAUGCCAUUCGUGUUCCGGAGGUCGGUGUGAGCAAGUUUCAUGCAGAAGUUUACUUUGACCAUGAUCUGCAGAGCUAUGUGCUUGUUGAUCAAGGCAGCCAGAAUGGCACAAUCAUCAAUGGCAACCAGAUCCUGCAGCCCAAAAUAAUCUGUGAGCCCGUCAUGAUACAUCAUGGAGACGAGGUCAAGUUUGCAGAGACUGUGCUUUCAUUUCAUGUGCACCCUGGAAGUGAAACCUGUGAUGGCUGCGAACCUGGACAAGUCCGUGCCCAUCUACGACUAAAUCAGAAAGAAGAAUACUCUGCUGGACCAGUGCUAAGCAAAGAGGAAAAAGAAAAGCAAAGACGGAAGGGGCUUAAACAGAUCCGUGACAAAUACGGCUUACAGGGCAUCGAAUAUGAAGAUAACAAAGCGUUAAAGAACUCAAAGUACAAAGACAGAGCCAGUAGACGCCGCAAAGUGGUGGGAAGUGAAAACGCGUUCCAGAGAGAUGAUGCCCCAGCAUCUGUACAUGUAGAAAUUAAUGACAGUAACAAAGGAAGACAGAUGCUGGAGAAAAUGGGCUGGAAAAAGGGAGAAGGUCUGGGCAGAUCUGGGGAUGGGAUGAGAGAUCCGAUCCACCUUCAGCUGCAUAAGAAGCAGGCCGGCCUAGGGGCUCAAAAUACGUCUUCCAUUGAAGAUAUUCAAAACUCUACUCCGAACCAAAAGAACUGGGAGAAGGCACGAGAAAGAUAUGCAGAAAUGUUUCCUGAUGCCAAAACGACAGAUGCAAAGAAGACCACUUCUUGGGUUAAAAGCUCGGCACAAUAAUAUGAACUGAUUUAUUUAAAUCUGUAUUUUAAUUUAUAUUUAAAAAAUUAAAUUUUUGGGACAAAAGAGAACAAGAAGUAUUUCAGCUCACCCCUUCAGUCUCUCCGCAACCCGAAAUGUGCAAGGCGGCACAAACUUGAAAAACAAAA